UAGUCAUGGAGGAUGGUGAUCGUGGCCCUGGUACUUAGAGAGUACUAAAGUUUUGAUGAAACCUCCAAAACAAAGCACGACCCACAGAAAUGGGUAUACACCUUUGGUGUAUAAUCCUUAUGGUUACUAAUGUUGCUGCCUUACCGGCAGUGGUCAAAGUGGGUGCUCUUUUCACCGAAGACCAAAGAGACAGUCCCUCAGAAUUGGCUUUUAAAUAUUCAGUUUAUAGAAUUAAUAAGGAUAAACUACUUUUAGCUAACACAACUCUUGUUUAUGAUAUACAAUAUAUACCCAAAGAUGACAGCUUCCAUGCAGCUAAGAAAGCCUGCCAACAAGUCAACUCUGGCGUAAGCGCCAUCUUUGGUCCUCAAAAUGCUCUUAUGGGAAGUCAUAUUCAAAGUUUAUGUGAUGCUUUAGAUAUCCCCCACAUAGAAGCCAGAUUAGAUGUCGAGCCUGAGGUGAAAGAAUUUUCCAUCAAUUUAUUUCCGAGUCCCUGGCUGCUGGGUCGAGCCCUUAGAGAUCUGACGAAGUACCUCAACUGGACAAAAGUGGCCAUAAUUUAUGAGGACGACAAUGCCCUCAUCAACUUACAAGAGCUUCUGAAGUUGCCAGUUCCAAAAAAUGUCCAAUAUGUGUUUCGCAAGACGGACCAACAAGGGUUUCGGGACGUUCUGAGGGACAUCAAAGGACGCGGCAUUUAUAGUAUCGUCGUUGACACGAAACCCGACAAUCUGCCACAUUUGCUCAAAGCAAUUUUGCAAGUGCAAAUGAAUGACUAUAAGUAUUAUUACCAUUUCACAACAUUGGAUGUAGAGACUUAUAACUUAGAAGAUUUUAAAUACAAUUUUGUGAAUAUGACAGCAUUUAGAAUCAUAGACACAGAUUAUUGUGGUGCGAAGAAUACUCUAAAAGAUAUGGAAAAAUUCCAAUCUAUAGGUCACCAUAUUAUAAAUAGAACAAAUGUUAUAAAGACCGAGCCAGCCCUUAUCUACGAUUCCGUGUACGCUCUAGCGUGGGGCUUAAAUGCCUUGCAGGGUGGGGCUACCCUCCGUCCAGCCAAUGUGUCUUGUGAAGAAGAAGUGCCCUGGACAGACGGAAGCAGUCUCUUCAACUAUGUUAAUUCAGUUGAAUUUUGUGGAUUGACAGGAAAAAUUCAAUUCAAAGAAGGUCGACGUAGCAAUUUAAAGCUUGAUUUACUGAAAUUACGACAAAACAAUAUGGAAAAAGUAGGUGAAUGGUCAACAGCAAAUGGCUUGAAUGUAACGAAUCACGAUGCAUUCCAUGAAUUUGGGACCACAAAUAUUACACUUCGAGUUACUACUAUAGAAGCUGAUCCUUACGUGAUGGUGAAAGAAAAUACGAGCUUGAAAGGUAACGAACGUUUUCACGGAUUUUGUAUAGACCUCCUCCAUGCCAUUGCUGAUCGGCUCCAGUUUGAUUAUGCUAUCGAACUAGUCCCAGAUAGAAAAUAUGGAGCUGUAGACACGUCGAAUGGAGAUUGGAACGGCAUGGUGAGGGAAUUAUUGGUAAAGUCUACACCCUAUGUGAUGCUAAAAAGUGACCGCAAUUUAACUGGAAAUGACCGUUUCGAAGGCUUCUGUAUUGACCUCCUGCGGACGAUUGCGGAAUUGCUUGGUUUCAACUACGAGUUGUACUUGGUGCCUGAUAACAAGUUUGGUGCAGAAAACACCACUUCCGGUGAAUGGAGUGGUUUGGUCAAAGAAAUAAUUGAAAAGAACGCUGAUCUAGCUGUCGCACCAAUGACCAUAAACUAUGCCAGGGAAAGUGUCAUCGAUUUCACAAAACCAUUCAUGAAUCUUGGCAUCGGAAUCCUGUUCAAAUUGCCAAAAAAUAUGCCAGUGAGACUUUUUUCCUUCAUGAGCCCCCUUGCAGUGGACAUCUGGCUUUACGUGCUGGCUGCUUAUGUCCUGGUCAGUGGUACGAUGUUCAUCGUUGCAAGGUUUAGUCCAUAUGAGUGGCAAAAUCCUCAUCCUUGCGUUACGGAAUGUGACGUCAUGGAAAACCAAUUCAGCCUUGGGAAUAGUUUCUGGUUUACAAUUGUAACCCUGAUGCACCAGGGUUGCGACUUGAAUCCUAAAGCGACAUCGACGCGUAUCAUAGGCGCCAUCUGGUGGUUCUUUACUCUAAUUAUGAUAUCAUCAUAUACGGCUAAUUUAGCUGCCUUCCUUACCGUAGAGCGCAUGAUAACGCCAAUAGAAAGCGUCGAAGAUCUGGCGGAGCAGAGCAAGAUUUCAUACGGCACGCUGGAAGGCGGUUCCACUAUGACGUUCUUUAGGGAUUCAAAAAUUGAAACAUAUCUAAAAAUGUGGAGAUUCAUGGAGAGUAGGCCCGGAGUGUUCGUGAGCUCUUACGAGGAAGGGGUGCAACGAGUGCUGGAGGGUAACUACGCGUUCUUAAUGGAAUCUACAAUGCUAGAUUAUAUGGUUCAAAGGGACUGCAACUUGACCCAAGUCGGGGGUCUGUUGGACUCUAAAGGAUACGGCAUCGCUACACCCAUGGGUUCCCCGUGGCGCGAUAAAAUUUCCCUGGCAAUCCUUGAUCUUCAAGAAAAAGGGGUCAUCCAAAUGCUCUAUAACAAGUGGUGGAAGAGUCCGGGCAUCACGUGUUCUAGAGAUGAUAAAAAUAAAGACGGUAAAGCAAACGCACUAGGAGUGGACAAUAUCGGUGGUGUCUUUGUCGUGCUCAUGUGUGGUUUAGCAGUAGCUAUACUUACUGCUGUGGCGGAGUUUUGCUGGAAUUCGAAGAAGAGUGCUCAAUCCGCGAGGAAGUACAACGACGGAUUCAAUCGCGGUUACCUACAGCAGUCCCUAUGUGCAGAGAUGGCGGAGGAACUUCGUUUCGCCGUCAAGUGCCGAGCCUCCCGACAACGCCCAGCGCUGAGACGCCAGUGCUCCAAAUGCAUCCCAGGUACUACUUAUGUCCCGGCCGCCAUGGAAGUACCACAAGAGAAUGGCAUCAUGCAAAUGAUCGAGAUGAGGAAAUCGCCUAUGAACUACGAUUGUGGAGAUUCCUAGUAACACCUCCAGAAAGCAGCAGCAACAGCAACAACAACAACACUACUCCGCAAACAUGAGAAAAAUCUCAACAAGGAGGAUGGCAUUUGAAUUCUCUGUGGAAAUCAGCACGCAUGAGAUUCCAUUGGAAGAGUUGCCUUUAAGAAGAUUCAUUGUCGAAGAUUACUGAGGCUCAAAGCUGUAGUUCAAGAUGGUGCUUACCAUUACAUGGGAUCAUCAUAUCCCACAGAAUGUUUUAUUGUCUGCUCAUUAUUUCGUGAAAUCCAUGAAUCAAGACGGAUAUAUAUAUUAUAGUUUGUAGUUGUCCCGAACAUGUUGUCCCAAACAAAUCUUUUAAUUAAACUGAAACCGUCAGUUAAGUUGCUGUUUCAUUUUCCAUUUGUCCUUUUUCAUCUUGACCAUGAUGAUUAUUCUAAAAUCAUUAUUAUUUCGUUUUCACGCUAUCUUGAAGUUCUUAACAUGAUCAUGAUGAUUUAAUUACCAGAUUGGUGUGUACGUCUUUCAAGAUGAUACAUAUGAAUCGAUUCAUCUUAGCAAAGAGAAGAAUUUUAUCAAAGCGUAUAGAUAUGUCUAUAAAUUUCAUAUAUUUAUCCUAUAUGAACUUAGGGUAAAGAUAUUAGAGAAAUGUUUUUAUUCUAAUAUAUUUAUCAAGAUGGAAAUGAAAUGAUUUAUCUGUGUAACAGCAAUGCUGUAUCGGGAAUCGAUGUUUCAUCAGAAAAUACGAGCUUUAUUAAUAACCUUUUAAAUGUUAUGUAUGUUUAGGAGCUUGAGAUCGGUGUUAUGGUGUGUAAAUUUAUUUACUUUUUCUGUGUAUUAAGUAACCUUCAGUGUAGAAGACAACAAAUGUUUUAUAAAAAGCCGACCAAACUGAAAUUAUCUUUAUGAACUAUUUUAAUUUGAUUAUAAGUUUUUUCUUCAUCAUUAACUGAAAAAUAUGAAUUUAAAACUUUAAUUGAAUAUCUUUUGAGGGUAUUUAAAUGUGAAGCAAAACGUUAAAAUCUAUACAGAUUGUCCUAUAAAGAAAGCUCGCAUUACGUAUUUUUAGAAUUUUGUUUAUCAAAAAUAAUAAGAAAUAUACACAUUAGAGGUCUCAAAUUGAUAGGAGAAAAAAAAUAUCCAGAUCUGACAAAUCACAGUAUAUAAAGGUUAUUAGUUGUAUAAAUAAUUUUCGGUGUAAACCCCGUGGUACGGGGAGCGCAAGAAUUUUGAGAGCGCACGCUGCAGAAGAAAAUAACCCAAUUUGAAUUACAAUUUUUUUUCUCCAUUUAUUAAAUGUUUUAAUUGUUCACUUUACAAAUAAUAAUAAUCCUUGACUAACCCUAAUUAUAAAAAUUGUAAGAUAAUGAAUUUUUUUCACUAAUUAUUAAGAUAAAUUUCAUUCCAAUGGAAUAAAUCAGCAAGUUUUUACAACGUUUCGAUUUAGUAUUUUUUUA